GAACGAACUCGAACGGAAGGAAACCGAAGAUCAUCGCAGACAGGAACGAACUCGAACGGAAGAAGGAAACCGAAGAUCAUCGCAGACAGGAACGAACUCGAAUGGAACAAGGAAACCGAAGAUCAUCGCAGACUCGCAUAGGUGAAGUGAAAAAAUUGGAUGCUAUUGUUUUGUUUAAAAUGGAGAAAGUUAUGGCCACAGUAAUGUUAGAUGGCCACUGGAACGUUAAGAAGAAAUUUGUAGCAAGAUCAACCCAUGGAGUUCUGGUAAAUGCAAAGUCAUCAUAUAAUGAAUUGGUUAAGGAUUUACAAGAUGCUUUGAAUAUUCAACCAGAUGUCACUAUCAACUGUAUCUCAUACCAAAUAGAUAAAGAUUUUGAUCCAACGUAGAUUGACAGUGACAGUAGUUUACAGUUUUAUUUGCAUCUUAAAGGUGUUGAUUGUACACAAGUAUCAAAAUACCCUUUGUGUGUGCAAAUAAAUAGCAAAAGUGACAUGGAAGGGGUAUGUGACACUAACAUAAGAGUAGCAGAUUCAGAAGAAAGAAUCAGUACAACAAAUGUGGCUCCUACAGUGGGUGGAUGUAAUAAUGAGGAGGUGUUGGAUGAAUAUGCAAUGACUUAUCAGCAAUGUUCAACCACAGACACACCGUUGUUGACAUGGUUGGGUGGGGGAGGAAGUGGUGACAUGGAAGCUAUGGAUAAAACAUUAAGGAUCAAUGGAAUAUAUCCAAACAAAGAAAGCUUAAAGGAGACUUUGCAACUCUAUGCACUUCAUAACAAAUUCCAGUUCAAGACCAAAACCUCAAAUCCUGAUGUUAUUCAUGUUAUUUGCUAUGAAGAAAAGUGCAAAUGGGCUGUACGUGGGGUGAGAAUGAAUAAAAGUGACUGUUUUGAAGUGAGAAGGUUUGAUAAUGUACACAGGUGCUCAAUUGAUAGUAGGCUGAGUGGGAAUAGGCAAGCCAGUGCAUUGAUAAUUGGAAAAAUGAUCAAGCACCAAUACCUAGAUGCCUCCCGAAAACCAUAUCAACCAAAAGCCAUAAUGGCAGACUUAAAUUGGAAAUUGGGAGUUAAUGUGAAUUACAAGAAAGCGUGGAGAGCUGAGGAAAAGGCUUUGACAUCAAUAUCGGGAACUGAUAAAGAGUCAUACAUGAAAUUGCCAAUGUUAUGUCAUAUAAUCGACCAAGAAAACCCAGCAUCUAUUAUAUCUCUCAAUUCUGAUUCUCAGAAUAAUUUCAAGAACUUGUUUAUGUCA